AUGGAUCGGUUGUGUAUUCUACCUUUGCUUGAUUCUCGUAGGAAGAAUGUAGCACCACCUCCACUUGAAGUGAAAUCUUUGGAAGAAAAAGCCUUAGUUCUUUCAUUUUUGAUAAGCAUCACUAGUACAGUUGUUAAGCGUGUGGGUCUUUAUGGUUCUCAACUAUGGAAAGCUCGUCUUAUCUUUACUCUGCCUUGUCCUGUCUGCCCUGAUCGCUGCCUUAAAUUAAAUGGCACAAAAAAUAACUUGCUGCAUGGGGAACGUGGUAUGCUAGAAGAUGAGAUUUUGAAGAGAAAGUUGUUAGAUGGCUUCUUGGGUGGCCUAUUGGUGGUUAUCCUGUCUCCUAGGCCUUUGGAAGAGAAAUUGCUGAAUUACAUUGCAAGGCCUGCUUGUAUGCAGAAAUCAAGAUUAGUACGUAGUUUAAAUGGAGGAUCGAUACCUGGCCAGUGUGAAUUUCAACUUGAACCUGCCGUCGGUAUCUCAGCUGGAGAUCAAUUAUGGGUUGCUCGCUACGUACUGGAGAGAAUUACAGAGAUUGCUGGAGUUGUGUUUUCACUUAAUCCACAACCUAAUCAGGCCAAUUGGGAAGAAACUGGUGCACACGUAAAUUACAGGUGA